CGCGACUGACGUUCGUAUGAGAGGAUCGUCGACUGGAUCGCGCAUCAUGACGCAGACGGUCGUCAGUUAGCGGGAAAUGUUAAGAAGAAAGCGUAUAUAUAUGUAGGAAAAGUGCGCAUUUGUCCGAGUGUGGUGCCAUGACGUUAUAUUGAAUUCGAGGAAUCGACGUCUGGAUCGUCAUCGUAGCGACAACCUGUAGGAGUAGAGAGAUUGUGACACACACAGAUGAUUUAGAGGCCGCUUUGGGUGAUACCGUUGGCGUUUUAGAGAGAAAGUGUUUUAGAUUUUGUUUUUAGAAUAUAAUCUUAUACACUGUGACAGAAAAAAGAAGUAUGUUGUUGACAGUUCGACAGAAAUGCUGCGGGAUGUUGAGUGAAAACUGUUGAUAGACGCGGUGCGACACAAAUGUGAACUUGAAAUCGGAGUCUUCGGAGUUAUAACGCAUCGCGCAAGAAGUGCAACGGUACAUCGCGGGAUCCAGUUGAAAACGGUUUGCAAUGUCGAUCAUCGUGGAACAAAAGCGGAACGCGAUUUCGCGGUAUUAAGAUUCCGAUCUGGAACUAUGACGAUUUCGCGAUCGAUCAUGAGAAUCGAUAAAUUUGUCGAUAAAAAGAAAGAACGAGCGAUCUGUCACAAACGGGAAAAGACCUGUCGUCGGGAGUGCUGGUAGCAAGGCACGACGAAGUGUAAGUGAAAUAUCACGACGUUCCGGCCGGGGAGUGCGUGUUUGGGCGACGAGGGGCGGCUACUGGCCGAUGGGAUGCAUCUACCGGUGGGUUCCGUGGGCUGCGGGGAGAAUUACGGCACCGUUGGAUCCCACGAAGGCGCCGGCCCGUGUGGUCCCUCCCUGGCGCCGUUGCAAAGUGUGAACAGUAGGUACCAUCAGGUGGACAACGCCGACACCGGAGGUGGCGGUGGCGAGAUGAGCGAGACCGCCGCCGUCGGCGAAUUAUGGUGGACCGAAAGACUCGUCGACGAGGCACAGGCCGAACAUCCCGGAGAAUUGGUCAGAACAGGAUCCCCGUAUUUUCUGUGCAGUCAACUUCCAACGCACUGGCGAUCCAACAAAACGCUCCCGGUAGCAUUCAAAGUGGUCGCUCUCGGCGAGGUUGGCGACGGGACUUUGGUGACGGUUCGCGCUGGUAAUGACGAGAACUGUUGCGCAGAGCUGCGGAACUCUACCGCGUUGAUGAAAAAUCAAGUCGCGAAAUUCAACGACCUUCGAUUUGUCGGCAGAAGUGGCAGGGGAAAGAGUUUCAGCAUUACCAUUACCGUGUCAACGACGCCGCCCCAAGUAGCGACGUACACGAGGGCGAUUAAGGUGACCGUCGACGGACCGCGGGAGCCGCGAUCGAAAACGAGACAGCAACAUCAGCAGUUUCGCGCCCUCGGUCUGGGACAGAGACCUUUCCUCGACGCGCCAACCUCGUUCAGGUCCCACUUGCGAGAACUCGAGUCCUUCGGAAGGAAUAAGCAUCACCAUCAUCACAACAGCAGUCACUUACACGACCAACAGACCGGCAACAACGUCACCACGAAUUCGGUUAGCGGUGCCUGCACCAACCCCAACAACACCGACCCGACCGCAUCGCCGGCUUCCAGUACACACCUCGGGGCUACCGGCGGCUCUUCCGCUCAUCAGGAUUGCUACAAACGUAGUCCUCAACACGGCGACACGGGUGUGGGUACGGAAUGGACUUAUUCCACAGCAUCGUCUUAUCCGGCCGCUCCGGUCAGCAGCGGUGGUUCCUACUCUCCUUUGCCCGGCGGUGCGUUUUCGUACCCGGGAGAAUCGCUGCCGCAUCACCCGACGACGGAGCCGGUGCCAUUACCAACAGUACUUUCCUCGGAGAAUCAGCAGGACACGUACACCCCAAACUGCGUGUCAAUGUACUCGGGACACGGCACCUCGCCGACCACGUCCUUGCCCUUGAUGCCGACCAGACCAAGCGAUCCUGACAUCUUCGCCAGCGGCGGGACCGGCAACGCGGGUAGUCCGGGUUAUCAUUACAGUUCCUGGACGUCCGCCCCGGCGACUCCGGUUCCGGUGGCUUCCCACAAUUACAAUCCCAAUUAUCAAGGUUAUUACAACAAUCCGAGUCAGAAUUAUAUCACUCCGCCGCCGAUGGUGCUCUAUCCUCAGCUCUACAGCACCGUCAAUCAAAACCAGAUCCAUCUGCAUCUGCAUGGCGACCUGAGCGAGGAACAGGUCACCAUAGCCGGCAGCAAUCUCACAAUCAGCAGCAUCCGGGAGAUCGGCGUGCUGGAAGAAAACGAGCAGAGGAACGACGUGUGGAGACCAUAUUAGAAAGAGAGAAAAAAUGUCUGUUAAAGACGAUUAAAAUCGCGCCAACGGUGUCUCGCGUGUGUGUGUGUGUGUGCGUGCGUGUAUCUGUGUGUAUGUGUGUAUAUGUGUGCGAACUGCAAUGAGCAUGUUACCGAUCGUGACAAUUUUCCGGAUCUCUAAUUAGUGCGGUGAGACGGGACAUGUGAGAAAGAGACAAAAUCAUAGGAUGUGUGUGCCAAUGUACUUUUCGGGAAGAAAGACGGUGCGUGCGAUCGUUGUUGCCGCGUAACAUAUAGCAUCCGAUCGUUCUCGGCCGCGCGCGAAUUAAUUUUACGCAAAAAGUCUGAUAGUAAAACACGCAAUAUUCCGGUAAUUUUAUUAAUAAUCAGUGAUCGCGAAAACGAAAGUGAAAAUUGAUAUAUCGACGAUUGAAUUAAUGAGUGAAACAAAGUGAUAUGACGAACUUUGCGAAACAAACUUUAUCGAUGUAUGAAAAAAAGAAUUAGCGAUUAGUGAGAGAUCUCAUUAAUCUAAACGUGACAUUUUAAGCAGUGAGAUUUUUCUUAAGUGCGUGUGAUAUACCGAAAGAAUAUUUUUAUUUGCUCUCCUGAUUUGAAACUCGGAUCGUACGGAGCAUACGGUUUGAUUCUUUUUUUAACACGUUGACUGGGACUGGCACUUGUUCAAAAUCAGGUAUAUUAAUUUUCUAACA